ACGCCGUUUGAUCAAUUGAUUUUUAAGUUUCUCCUGUUAGUACCAACAGUGAUCGCAGCUCGUGUCUUUCACCCGUGAAAAGCCGCUACAAGGGAAAGGAAACGCGGCAAGAUAAAACCGUCGUACUGUUUCCGCGUGUUUUGUGUGCAAAAGUAGAAAAUCCAGUUGAGAAGAAGCAAGCAUCCACGAUCUUCGGACCUUAAUCACGUUUGUGUUGUGGCUCUCAAUAGCCUCCCGACUAAGUGAACCGUAACAGUGGUAACGAGUGGUGAAUAGUGCAAGUGUAAAAUUUUGCGGUCUGACAGACAGCAUAAAACGAGUGUUUAUUAAUAUAUAUUCCGGUUGCAACUUGUGGCACAAGAGUAAAAGUAAAUCACAAAACAUGAAGAUGAAAGUUGCUGUUGCAGUUGGUUUCCUUGUUUGCAUUUGUGCAAUCGAGGCCCGUACUAAGGCGGAAAAACGUAAAGAUUUUGAAUAUGACGGAGGAGACACACAAACAUUCACAGCUCCCUUCAAUCCCAAGUCUGGCUACAGCGCCGGAAGUGGUCUUCGUUCGAUUGCGCAAGGAUCGGCGGAUCAGGCAGGGUCUGCUGUAGCGAAUCAGCAUGCGGCUGCUAAACAGGCUGCGUAUGUCGCUCAAAAUACGCUCGCGCAGGCAGCAGCCCAAGCAGCCGCAACAGCACAAGCAGCUCUGCACGGGAAACAAGUUUUACUGCAAGGGCUGGAACAACAAAGUCUUGAAGCUCAUCAGGCACUGGAUGCAGAGAUUCAGCAAUUGCAACAGGCCAAACGUUCAGCCAAAGCGGCACAGCAUGCUGCUCAACAGGCCUUGAAUCACGUGCAAGUGCUGACGGCAGCAUUAAACAACGCUCAGGUCGCUUCCGAACAUGCCCAACAAGCCGCCAGCGAAGCCGCGGCAGAACUUGCCUCGCAGACUCAGAUGGUCGGCGCUGCUAAAUCCCGAGUGGAAGCCAUUGAGGAACAACUGAAUUCGGCUCGCGUCGACUUCGAAGCCACUUCGGAAGCUGCUCAUAAGGCAGCCGUGUCGGCACAGGAAGCACAAAAUAAUGCUGCGGAGGCUGCUGCUCACGCUUCCAUUAGCAAUCGCGCCGGCACCAUUGAUAUCCCAAAUAAGGUUCUUAAGACCCAAAACCUUUACCCAGCGGAAGAUGAAAUCAACAGUGCUGAAAUCGACAUUCCAUACAAUCAUAAGUUCAAUGAGUUUAAACCUUCAUCACAGAACUUCAACUAUCCAGGAUAUUAAGUAUUUGGAUGCGGAAAUAACAAUUUGAAACUCUCUAUGUUUUAAUAGAAACGAGACCAAUUGUAUCAGCCACUAAGUGAUUGCGUACAAUCAACGUAAUUUGCUAGAUCUGGAUAAUCAUGAGACUGUGAAUUGUGCUUUUUGGUUUAUUUUGUUAGUACCUUUUUCGUUGUUCGUGUUAUUUAGAUUAUGUUAUACAUAUAGUUGAUACAGUGUUCUUUAUGUGAUUCACAGUAUGUUAUUAGUUACCAAUAAGAUGAUUAGGAUUUUUGUUCAUCGUUUA